GCGAAGGUAGCGGGAGCCAUGGGUUUCGACAAGGGUAUUCAGUCUGCGGGUAAGGCCAAGACCAGGUUCAGGAAGGAGCCUAAGUCCGAGAAUGUGUACAUCAAGCUGCUUGUUAAGCUCUACCGGUUCCUCGCUCGCAGGACCGAGUCAAAGUUCAACGCUGUCAUCUUGAAGCGCCUCUUCAUGAGCCGCGCCAACCGUCCUCCCCUCUCCGUUUCCCGGCUCGCCAAGUUCAUGAAGGGCAAGCAGGGCAAGGUUGCUGUGGUGGUCGGAACCAUCACCGACGACAUCCGUUUCUUCCAGGACAACGACCUCAAGCUCACCGUCUGCUGCCUCCGUAUCACCGACAGGGCCCGUGCUCGCAUCACCGCCGCUGGAGGAGAGGUCAUCACCUUCGACCAGCUCGCCCUCCGCGCCCCCACCGGCUCCAACUGCGUCCUCCUCCGUGGACCCCUCAAGGCCCGUGAGGUCUACAAGCACUUCGGCAAGGCUCCUGGUGUGCCCCACAGCUCCACCAAGCCCUACACGCGCAACUCUGAGAAGAGCCGCAAGUUCGAGAGCGCACGUGGACGCAGAGGAAGCUGCGGGUUUAAGGUGUAAGGGGAUAGCAGUUGAGAGAAUACAAGAAGCUGAAAAACUUG